AUGGAUGUCUCUCAACACCCAGGCUCUACCGGUCAUAAUGACUCGGGUGGUACUUAUAAUGACAGAACGGACCUUGAAGAGUCGAUGCCCUCUAGUCUCCUUUCAUGCCUUGUUAUUCUCGAAGGCAUCCCCCUGAGCCGACACACCUCGAACAAUGUCUUCAAGUUCGGUAAACUCUCGACUGACCAACUUGAGCUCAAACUCAAGCUCAUUGCGCAUCCGUCCAUAUACCGCUUAAUCAAACUGAGUAUGUACCGCAAUGUUAAACUCGGAAAGAAUGAGAAGAAAACUCCCUGGGUUGCUGGGAUGGACUUUUACUUCCAAUCUAUCUCGCACGUGUCUUGCACAAGACUGUCACAGGAUGCUACCACGUCCUAUCUCAACCGAAGUUUCGACCCCUUUAAUCUCUACGAAAGUCCUCUAGAAGCGUCAUCGGGCUCACUUCGCCUAUCAUUUCGAUCCUCUGGAGCACUCUUGUAUUACGAAGAGGCUCGACUAGUAGACGAGACAGAAAGACAGCAAAUCCAACAGCUCCAGGAGUUUGCUGAUUCGAUCAGUACCGACACUCCUCGCGAGAUUACAUUCUUGGUUAGCGAAGACCGAGGUGCUGCCAGAGAGCAAUUUCCCGAUCCUCUGCAAGAGAUCGUCACAAUUCAGCCCAGCAACUACUUCGCGAAAGGAUCAAACCACCUCAAUAUCUUCAAAGCUAUCUCCCUAGUUUCGGGCAUAGUAUCAGAUCCGCUCGCUCGCUGGUUUGCCCGUUCUCCGGAGAAAGAGCUUAUAAACAUCCGGAAUAUCCUCGAGGCAGGUGAAGAAUAUGCCCCCAAUGGCAUCCGAAAUGUCGUAAGACCCCCUAUUCCAGUCAUAGGACACAUUACAAAAUUCUUCGACGACCGCCAGUUUAAGAUUGCCCAGGCCUACGGUACCGUCGACAAUGCAACUCGUGCUCAAAUUCUUAGCGAUAAGACGUCGCAAGAGUUUCAAUGUCACAUACUCGUUUUGCCAGAGAGCUUCAACGACCUAGGCAACCCUUCAACAGUUGCCGUCGUCGUCCGCGUACCUCCUGGCUCUACUUGCCUCCCAAGCUCAGCUACGGAAUGCGAAAUUCGGGUCCUAGGGAUCGAGCGCACCAAGAACCUACCAUACAACGUUGACAUAGCCAAAGAAUUGCCCGAAGUACUGGGCAGAAUGGCGAGUGAAUAUCUCGAAGAGCCGUGGGCAAUGAAUCCCGAAGACUUUGUCAAUUAUUGCAAUGUGAUCAACGAUGCAGGAUGGAUAGGCGCCAAGCUGGAAGAAAUUCUUUCAGGAUUCUUGGUGUCUGGGCGUAUGGUAAACGUCCCGGGUCUUAGAGAAUUCGUCGCGAAGCACAAGGACUAUUUUCGUAUGCCCCAAGUCAAGGACAAGACUCUAGAACGCAAGCUUGCAACGUGGAAUGCCAGAGCAACCGACACCAUCUUCCCUCUCCUUGGCAGUAGAUUCAGGGUCUUCCUCGCAAGGAUCCCGCUCGAGCCAACCUGUAAUGUUACGCUUAAGCUCGUCCCGAAGACGUUCGAGCAGGAGAUGGAAGCUCACGGGGAGAUUCAAUACCCCGCUUCCACACGACGCGGGAAUCUGGCGCCUAGUCCGUUAGCACUGGAUAUCUACAGAUGGUUGCCCAGCUUAGAAAGUCCCAAACGCGACUCUGUGGUCAACCACUUCGACAUAUUUCCAGGGAUGCUGCGUGCUCUGGACGGUACGGCGCCAGCCCACUUACAAUCGAUGUACGACGACUUUGACGAAUGUAAGAAGCAGUUGUUUAGCGAACAUAUGAAGCAUCUUCCCUGUGGGCUAGCAGUAAUUCCAGGGGUAGCCGCAUCUGGCAGGUCAACCUUCGUCAAGUUUUACACCCUGAUGCACCUAGCGGAGCAGUCUCCCCCUGGUUCCCGCAACCAAGUCUUGAUCUUAGCAGAGCAGCACCGGGUUCUCGACAAUUAUGAACUAAGCUUUAGGCGCUCCCUCGAGGAGUACAGGGCACCACCCCAUACAUUUCCCCGUAUAGAAAGGGUCUAUACAACGUCUACGGAUAUUAGAGUGGCGGUUGACACCCUGAGUCACCCAGCUUCCGGCCAGAUGCCUAACAAGCUCGAUACCAUAGACCAACAUCUCACCAAGUCAAUCUUGGAUGAAUUCCAUCAGCUUGCGGAGCAGGACUCGAAGAGAGGAGCCUCCAAGAAUUUUAAUUCUACUUUGCUAUACGUCCAGAACCGCUCAGAGGAAUACAGUCUGUUCAAUCCCUCGGACAGACGUGUUGACGAGCCAGUCAAUAGUAUCUACAAGGCCAAGCUGCGAGAAGCCGAUAUCGUCCUGGCCACUCCCCAUACUGCCCGCGGUAUCCUUUUCAGACGGGAAUUUCAUCCGACCCUAGUCAUCAUGGACGAGAAUACGCGCACGAGAGAGCUGACGACGAUCAUGGCCAUCUCCUCAUUCCCCUCAGCAAAACUAUUCAUGCUACUCGGCGACCCUCAGCAGCUUCUCCCGGCAACGAACUACCGUUCGGACGCGCCCCAAGCUUUCGACAAGCAAAUCGGCCUAUCGUGCUUGGACAGGAUCAAGCGCGGCGGCGCCGCUCUCCCCGGACUGCUCUAUAACCACCGUCAACACGGAGACUUGCAGAAGAACCCAAGUGACUGGUUUUACGAAAGUCUGAUGAAGUCCGGCGUCGAGGGUCAUUUCCCACCGCCUGUCGAAGUCGUUCAAAGCAUGAUCGCCGAGUUAACCGGCCUCCGCAAGAGCGUCCGUGUCAUCGUCGACGUUACCAACUCUAACGAGCAGAGUGUAGACACGUCAUUCAAGAACGACUAUCAUAUCUAUUAUGUACUCAAAAUUCUCGAACUAUUCCUUAACAACCCUGCCUUUACAUCGGUAGACGGCAAACGACCCGGAACCAUCGCCGUUAUAUCUUACUACAAGGCCCAAGCCGCCGAGAUAGAUCUCGUUCUCCGUCGUCGAGAAGUGCUAGAGUCUCGCCUUUACGUCACUGCUGAGAUUAUAGCCAAGAGAGUCCGCGUUGGCACAGUAGACCGCUUCCACGGCGAAGGAGCAGACCUGGUGAUAAUCGAUUACACGCGUACCGAACGCCCAGGCUUUACCGGAGACAGACAUCUCAACGCGACUGCGCAUACACGCAGUAUUCAAGGGGAGAUCAUACUGAUGAACCAAUCAAGUUUCGCAAGUCAGAAAAACAGCGCCAGGAAUUCGCUAACGAAGAAUAUUCACAAGAUGUAUAGCCAUCUCGAGAACGAACGCUGCGUCUUGAAGAUAGUCUUCUGCGACCGCUGCCUUGGUUGGGGCCACGAAGGUAGACAUUGCGACGAAAGGGUGAGGUGUAGCAGGUGCUUUGAGAUUGACCACCUCAUGUCGUCGUGCCUCGAGGUCAGGUGCCUACAGUGCGGCGAGCUAGGACAUCUCCUUAUAGACUGCGAUAACCUUGAACCAGCCAAGGCCUGCUCCCGCUGCGGAGGGGACCAUCUUCAGGUAAACUGCACCGAGAGCCCGGAAGUCUACUGCACCGACUGCAACAACCCAGGACACUUCCCCGGAAGGGACCUUUGCCGAACCACCCGGCGACUUUCACAGCAGCAGCAAGACGUGUCGUGGGGUGAUUAUACAGAGAAUGAUCAUGAGUGGGAUUCGGAAGAAUGGUAG